AUGACCAAAGAAGACAAUGAAGGUAAGCCGCUGAUGGAUUGGAUGACUCGAGUAAAGGUUGCUGCUGGUGCAGCACGGGGAAUAGCUUAUCUGCACGCGAGCUGCCAUCCGCGGAUUAUUCACGGGGAUAUCAAGCCAUCAAGCAUUUUUUUGGGUAUGAACUUUGAAGCUCAAGUUUCAGAUUCCGAGUCACAAAGUCAGCAUUGGACGCCAAUACAUCUAGAGAAGCUUAGGACUAAAUGCAUGCCUUAUUUGGUCCAAAGACAUGGAAUGGAGCAAUUUGGGAUUCCGGGCAUUCUUAACUUGCAAAUUUUGCCCGGUGGAGCAACUUUAGGAGGCCACGUGGUGCCUCUUGACAGGCUGCUGAAGGAUCAAGUAGUGGAUUUGAGAGGCAAACCAGGUGGUGACACCUUGGAGAAAAAGCCAACUGAUGAGUUAGUGGAGAGGCAGCUGUGCGAGGCUGGGUCUGAGAGCAGGCCGUUAGAGAUAUUUAUUUUGGAGGAAAAGAGGACCAGAGCGGCAGAUGAGAGCUGGGGCUUUUCGGAGAAGGAAGCUAGAGAGCUAGGAGAUAUUGGGAGGAGAAGGAAGAGAGUUUUUCAGGCGAGUCUGAGAGAUAUUUUGCAGGAGAGGGAGUUUCUUUUCCGGUGGAGAAGAUAUGGAUUUAGGAGAGAAGUGAGAGAAGAUCCUUUCAGCUGA